AUGGGGGGAAAACAAGGCACGAAGACGCGAACGAAGAAGAAACUCCGGUACGUGCUCACCGGGAACAUCGACUGUUGCCCGGAACAACACCACGAAAAAGAAGACGAAGACAACGAGCAACAACAGCAAACGACGACGAAAGAACAAACGAGAAAACGAAGCGACACGUCCGUGUACUCUGUCUUGUUUAACACGUUGCACCCGGAGUGGUACCACGUGUUCGCGGCGUGCGCGGCGAAUAGAUUGAUGCUGUAUAAAAUCGACGACUUUGUGGUGAAGGAGGAUGGAAAGAAGAAGAAGAAGACCAAGGCCAAUAAUGCCGCUUCUAAUGCGAACAAUAACGCGACGAAUGCUGCUGGUAAAGAAGAAUUAGAAACAGAUGUAACAGAAGAAGAAGAGUUAGACGAAGAAGAAACGGUCGAACGAACGACGUUGUUGCAAUGCUACGUGGACGCGGAUCCGAACGAAACGUAUUACACGUGUUGCUGGUGUUCGAAGAAGAACGCGUUGGUGCCAUACAUCGCGUGCGCGGGCGCGAAGGGCGUCGUGAGAGUUUUGAAUUGUAAGAAGAAGGAUUUUUGCGGCGCGUUGGUCGGGCACGGCGGGGAGAUUAACGAUUUGAGAGCGCAUCCGGCGAUGCCGAAUAUUAUCGCGAGCGCGAGUAAAGAUUUGUCGGUGCGGUUGUGGAACGUGAGCAACGGGGUGUGCGUGGCUAUUUUCGCCGGAGCGAGAGGGCACAGGAACGACGUUUUGUCGGUGGAUUUUCAUCCGAAUUUACACUUUUGUCCGGAAAGCGGGAGAGAGGACGUGGUGGUCAUCGCGACUGGCGGGAUGGAUAACGCGGUGAAAGUCUGGUCGACGAGAGGGAAGAAAGUGAGCCAAGCGAUUGAAGAUUCAGAGCUUUGGGAGGAUGAGAUUGUAGAGUUUCCAACCGCGCAGGUUCGGGCGCCAGAGUUUAGCACGUUUCACGCGCACAAUCACUUCGUCGAUUGCGUGAGAUACUUCGGGGAGGUUAUAUUUUCGAAAUCGGUGGAGAAUAAAAUAUUAGCGUGGACGCCGGAUUUCUAUUUGAAUAAUAAAAAUACGGACGAAGACGCCGCUAUGGUGGAAGCGGAUGAAAAUACGAAUAAAAAUAACGAUAAUAGUAACAACAACAGCAAGGACGAAAAAGUAGGGAUUCAAAAAUACGGCGGCGCCGACGAGAAGUUCAAGCGAUCGUUCAGGAAGCUGAAAAGUUUCAACUUGGUCGACGCGGAAAACUGGUGGGUUCGAUUUUCCUUGGCGAAAGAGGCGAGCGUUUUGUGUUGCGGAAACACGAAAGGUUUAGUCAGAGUGUGGAAAUUUUACGAGAGCGACGACGAUAGCGACGCCGACGACGAUUUCGAUUCUUCGUCUUCUUCUUCCUCCUCCUCCUCCUCUUCCGAAGAAGACGACGAAAAAGUCAAAGUGGAAAAGGAUGAGUUUUUCCGCCGACGACAUCGACGUAAACGCGAAAAGCCACACCACUACCACACCACCACCACCAACAAAAACGACGACGACGUUCUCGUCGCCGAUUUAAAAGGGCUCCCGAAAGAAACCGUCGUCCGUCAAGCCGAGGUUUCCUUCGACGGUAAAAUCGUCCUCGCCGGAUGCGACGGAGGGUACAUCUAUCGCUGGGAUAUAGAGGAGUUUCAAGAAGACUUCUUUGAUUAA